CUAUCAGAUCAGACAUUCUUCAUUACCAAAUCUCCACGACUUUAUUUCUGAUUAAAUUUUGUUUUUUGGGUAAAUUUCUUACUACCCAUUUCUCAAAUUUUCAAAUUUUGCAGUCAGAAAUUCAGGAAAAAAGCCUAAAAAAAAGUUAAAAAAAUAGAAAAAGAAGGUGAAAAUCUUCAUCAUCGCAAUUUACAGAGAGGCUAUAUAUUCCUCACCAGACCCUCCAAGCACCUUAUCUUUCUCUCUCUACAGCCUCUGUUUCUCUCUCUAGAAAUAUACAUUUUUUUAAUCUCUCACCCAUCUGUUUGGUAACUAAAUUUGUAUUUGGUAAUCAAAUACCACCAUUGAAAGGACAAAUACAAAGGUUGGAGGGGGCAUAUAUAGAGAGGAGGUUGAACAUGCCCUCUGUUCUUAUUCCUAGAGUGCCUCCUCUCAGAUCUUAGUUUUCUUCAAGGUUUGGCAUCUGGGUUUUUGUUUAAUCGGUGGGUGUUCUAAAUUGCGGUUCAGUAUUUGAUCGGUGCAGGAUCGGUCGUUUCUGAAUUGAAUCCGGGAUUACUUGUUUCCGAAUCGGAUUACAAUCUGCGCUUUUGCAAUAUUUCAUAGCAAGGAAAAAAUGCAAUCCGAUAGUGGUAAGUUGUUUAUUGGCGGCAUAUCUUGGGAUACAAAUGAAGAGCGUCUAAAAGAGUAUUUCAGUAGUUUUGGGGAGGUGGUAGAAGCAGUGAUCAUGAAAGAUCGGACCACAGGCCGUGCUCGUGGUUUCGGUUUUGUAGUAUUUUCUGACCCAGCGGUUGCGGACAGCGUCAUAAUGGAGAAGCACAACAUUGAUGGAAGGAUGGUUGAGGCCAAAAGGGCUGUUCCAAGGGAUGACCAAAACAUAUUGGGAAGAAGCAGUGGCAGCAUCCAUGGUUCUCCAGGUCCAGGCCGCACAAGAAAAAUUUUCGUUGGAGGUUUAGCAUCCACUGUCACAGAGAGUGACUUCAAGAAGUACUUUGAGCAGUUUGGGACAAUCACAGAUGUUGUGGUGAUGUAUGAUCACAACACCCAGAGACCGAGAGGCUUUGGAUUCAUCACUUAUGAUUCAGAAGAGGCAGUGGACAAGGUUUUGCUUAAGACAUUUCAUGAACUGAACGGGAAGAUGGUUGAGGUCAAGCGUGCAGUUCCCAAAGAGUUAUCGCCUGGCCCUAGUCGCAGCCCUAUUGGUGGAUACAACUACGGUCUGAGUAGGGUCAAUAGCUUCCUUAAUGGCUACACUCAGGGGUAUACUCCAAAUGCAGGUGGAGGCUAUGGACUUGGUAGAUUCAGUCCAGUUGCUGGUGGUCGUAGUGGAUUUCCUCCAUUUGGUUCUGGUUAUGGAAUGGGUAUGAAUUAUGAGCCAGGGUUGAGCCCAGGUUUUGGAGGGAAUGCAAAUUAUAAUAAUAAUAAUAAUAAUAAUAAUAUGAACUAUGGACGGGGUGGAUUGAGUCCUUAUUAUAUCAAUAAUUCAAAUAGGUUUAGCAAUCCCAUUGGGUAUGAUGGCGGUAAUGGAGGAAACACAUCUUCAUUUUUCAGCUCAGUGACUCGAAACUUGUGGGGGGAUGGGGGUGGUGGUCUUAACUCCACAAAUUCUAAUGCUUACAUCAGAUCAGGAAGUGGGACCAUUGGAGGAAGUACAUUUGGAAAUACUGGAGCUAAUUGGCCUUCUUCAGUAAUGCCGGCUCAAGGCGGAGGAAAUAAUGUUUCUAACAAUAGCAGGAACCUUGGUUAUGGAGUUGGGGAUAACAGUUACGGUCUGGGAACUGGAGGGUAUGGAAGAAACAGUGGUGCAAGUGUGGCCCCUACAUCUUCAUUUGCUGCAUCAAAUGGUGGUGGUUUCGAUGGGUCCUUGGCUGACCUUUACAGUAGUAAUUCAGUUUAUGGAGACCCUACUUGGAGAUCAUCAAAUUCCGAGCAAGAUGGGUCUGUUCCUUUUGGUUAUGGGCUUGGCGGCACAGCUUCUGAUGUUUCAGCUAUGAGUUCUCCUGGUUAUGUUGGUGGUUAUAGUGUUAAUAAGAGACAGUCAAACACAGGAAUCGCUGCCUAGGAUCCAUCGUUCGUUUCUGAUAUCACGACAUUGUAGGUGAAGAUAAUCUGGCGAAGCAGGUGAAUUGUGAAUUUUGCACACCGCCCUCGUUUAUAUAUGUCAGUAAAAGAAAUUUGGUUAGUAAGAAGAGCUAACUGGAGUGCCCUGUUUGCAGAAGUAAAAGUAGAGAGAUAGAACAAGUUAAGAUGGAUUUUGUGUUAAUGCUUUGAGUUUUGAGUUACCGAUUUUAGGUUUUUUCUUUCGGUCUUUUGAGUGAGAUGUAAAAUCAGAUUGCGGGAUAUAGUCAGACGUGUAUCAUGCAUCUCCGGUGAGGCGACGAUACCCAAAACGCGAAAACGAAAAAAAAAAAAAAAAAAAAAACAGAAAAGAUAGACUGAUAUAUAUAUUCUUUUUCUUUCCUAGAGUUUUCAUCUGUAACAUCUCUGGCAAUUGGUUAUGCUCAGCGAAUGCUUUUUUUUUUUAUUCAUUUUUUUUCUUCCAUUAUUCUGUUAUUUUCUUUUUGUACCUGAAAUUACUGUUGAUUUGUUAGUGUGAAACGUUUAAGGGUUUACCCAGUUAGUAAUAAGCCAUCCCAUAUUCUGAUUCUUACA